AUUUAAGGUGUGGUAGGACGUCGUGUGUGUGCCAGGAGAAACUUUGGGCUUUUGCAUAACCAAGGUUCUCAGGGGUAGCGUGAGCCCGUGUCAGUGGGAGGGGCAGUCGCGAGUAAAGUGAACAACGUUGAACUCUCAGUCAGUCACAAGCUGCACCUACGUUAUUAAAGAUUCACCUUUCACGUUCAAGAAGCUGUUGCAUUUGGUUGUGUCAUGGAGAAGAGGACCACCCGUGUACUGUGGCUGCUCGUCUUUCUCUUGGGAUGUGGGCGAAUGUCUGCUUUCAACCUGGACAGCGACAAUGUCCUACGGAAGAACGGAGAUCCAGGCAGCCUUUUCGGCUUCUCCCUGGCCAUGCACCGGCAGCUUAUUCCGGAGGAUAAGAGGAUGCUGCUGGUUGGUGCCCCAAAAGCAAAUGCUAUAAGAGGUCAAAAAUCAAAAGUUACUGGAGGACUCUACAACUGUGACAUGAGCUCCACCGCAACUGGUUGCACCAGAGUUGUCUUUGAUAAUACAGAGGAUUUAACCAGAGAAAGCAAAGAGAACCAGUGGUUGGGAGUGACAGUCAACAGUCAGGGGCCAGGAGGCAAGAUUGUGACCUGUGCCCAUCGCUAUCAGCGCCGUGCCAAUGUGAACACAUCCCUCGAAUCCCGCGACAUUAUUGGGCGCUGCUAUGUGCUGAGUCAGGACUUGACAAUAGAUGGCGGAUCAAGUGAAGAUGGAGGUAACUGGCUAUUUUGUGACAACCGGCCCCGAGGCCAUGAGAUGUUUGGCUCCUGCCAGCAGGGUCUCUCUGCCACAUUCGACAAGGACUACCACUACCUGAUCUUUGGCGCCCCUGGAGCAUACAACUGGAGAGGCAUUGUCCGCUUGGAACAGAAGAAUGACUCCCUCUUAGAUUUGGGCAUCUUUGAUGACGGUCCCUUUGAGGCAGGAGAUGAGAGACAGAAGAACCCGGACCUGGUCCCUGCUCCUGCCAACAGCUUCCUGGGCUUUUCUCUGGACUCGGGGAAGGCAUUGACCAAGAUGGGUGAGCUGAUAGUGGUUGCAGGAGCUCCCAGAGCGAACUACAGUGGGGCGGUGGUGCUGCUGAAGAGCGGGGGCCUCUCUAGCAACAGCUUGCUUGAAGAGUACACCUUGGAAGGGGAGGGACUAGCCUCAUCUUUUGGUUAUGAUCUCACUGUGUUGGAUCUCAACAGGGACGGUUGGCUGGACAUAGUGGUGGGAGCACCUCAGUACUUUGAGAAGGAUGGAGAAAUCGGAGGAGCCGUCUACGUCUACGUUAACAAAGCUGGAAAAUGGAAAGACGUCAAACCCACAAGAAUAGAUGGAACCAAGGACUCCAUGUUUGGCUUGGCUGUGGAAAACCUGGGAGACAUCAACCAGGAUGGUUACCAUGAUUUCGCAGUAGGAGCUCCUUAUGAGGAUGGUGCUGCUGGGAAUGUUUAUAUCUACCAUGGAUCAGCCACAGGACUCAGCUCUAAAAAGGCUGCACAGGUUCUGUCUGGCAAACCUUUAGGAGUCAAACUGUUUGGCUACUCCUUGGCAGGCAAUAUGGACCUAGAUAAGAACUCCUACCCCGACCUGGCUGUUGGUUCCCUUUCCGACUCUGUUUUUGUCUUCAGAGCCCGUCCGGUUAUUAAUAUCAACAAGGAACUCAAGUUCUCACCGGAGAAAAUCGACCUCGCCAAGAAGAACUGUGGCAACAACGUCUGCUUGGACGUUGAGGCAUGCUUCUCCUACACUGCCAGCCCUAGUAGCUACACUCCCAGACUGACGGUGAUGUACUCCCUCGAGGCAGACGCUGACUAUAGGAAGAACGGUCUUAUUCCCAGAGCAACCUUUAUAGAUGGCAAAUCCAAAUCCGAUGGGAAUGUCAACUUGGGAACUCAAGGAAAUAAACAGUGUGUUAAACAACAACUCGCCAUACCGGAAAACAUUAAAGACAAACUGCAUGGGAUCCCCGUCGAUGUGACUGUGGCCAUCCAGCAUGGCCAACGUAAACGCAGGCAGAGCUCAGCUCCUCAACUGCCGCCCGUCAUGGAUGCCAACAUUCCAAAGUCAACUCGAUCAUUGGUGAAUUUCCUGAAGAUGGGAUGUGGCGAUGACAAUGUGUGUCAGAGCAACUUGCAGCUGAAAUAUCGCUAUGGCCACAAGACAGAUGGUGAUAACACAUUCACUCCAUUAGAACUGGAGGGUGGUGUGCCAGUGAUCUCGCUCAGUGACCAGAAGAACAUCAUAUUGGAGGUCAAAGUGAGCAACCCCAGUGGAGAUGAUGCAUAUGAAGCCUUUUUGAACGCCUCCUUCCCACGCUCCCUUACCUACUCUGCUUUCUCUUUGCCACCUAAUGAGCGGCAGGUAACUUGCAAGGCCAACAAAGAUGGUUCUUCGGCUGAGUGUGAGCUUGGAAAUCCCUUCAGACGUAACUCAGAGACGACCUUCUACAUUAUUUUGGACACAUCAGGCAUCUCUCUCAACACCACGGAAAUGGAGAUUUAUCUUCAGCUAAAAACGACAAGCGAACAGCCGAAUAUACCUCCUGUCAUAGCAAAGAUAAAGGUGGCCAUUGUGUUGCAGCUGUCUGUAUCAGGACAAGCACAGCCAUCUCAGGUGUACUUUACAGGAGAAGUUGUAGGUGAGGCAGCCAUGAAGAGUGAAAGUGAAAUUGGCAGUGCCAUCGCACACCAGUUCAGAAUAAUAAAUUUGGGAAAUCGCUUGACAGACUUUGGCACCGCGACCCUCAACAUCGACUGGCCAAAGCUGACAGCGCAAGGGAAGUGGCUGCUCUACCCGAUGAAGAUCAGCUCCACGGGAGUGGACAAGAUGGACUGCUCUCCGAAAGAGGAGAUCAACAGUCUUGGCCUGGAAUCAGCUAACACCAGAAAAAGAAGAGCAGCAAAAAAGAAGAAGGAAAGAGAACAGGGAACUCUUUCACGUUUGCUUGAUACAAAGAAAAUCGCAACUCUGUCUUGUAACAGUGGGGCACAAUGUGUGACCUUCACGUGCCCUCUGGAGGGGCUGGACAGUAACGCGGUCAUUACGCUCUACUCUCGCCUCUGGAAUGGCACCUUCCUAGAGGAUUUUUCUGAGUUCCAUCAUGUGCAGGUGAUAGCGAAGGCCUCUCUGCACAUGCAUAGCACAAAGAACACAGUGCUGGAAAAUGCAGAGACAGAGGUGAAACUGACCGUGUUCCCAGAGAGGCGUACAGCUGCGUAUGGAGGAGGCGUGCCAUGGUGGAUCAUUGUGCUGUCCAUCCUGUUUGGUCUGCUGCUGUUGGCCAUGUUGGCUUUCCUCCUCUGGAAGUGCGGCUUUUUUAAGCAUGCAAAAUAUGAAGACAAGGUUCCCAGUUAUACUGCAGUUCGGAUCAAACGGGAGGAGAGAGCGAUUGAUGCUGCGAAGGGUAACUGGGAAAACCUGGAAACGAAGCCCUGGAUGACAACCUGGCAUGGAAAUGAACAGUAUUCUUAACAGCCAAUUAGAUGAGACUCCAAGCCAAUUCCUUACUGACAAGCUCCCAGUUUUGAUUUUUCCUGCCCCAUCUUUUUAGAAUGUGGACUGUAAAUAUCAGGAUACAAAGAACAAAAACUUUUACAAGACUAAAUACUUGGUCAAACAUUCUGCUUCAGAGGUUGUUCUGAUCUUGGAUAAAGUCCAUAUGAACCACUGGAAGGAGAGUUGCAUUGUGGCAGAUGGUCCUGUAUAACUGCCUGAAAUGUGGAGCAUGUUUUGUAUGUUUACUACAGUAUAUUCAGCAUUGAAUGGGCUAGGGAGCAAGUGUUUCUGGAUUAUUUUGUGCAAUUGUAUUUAUUCUUUGUUACACAUUCUACAGGCCAAAGUCAUACAACGCAUAUACAGGCGACCUUUUAAACCGUUUAUUUUCCCCCAGUUUUAAAGUGCAGGUUUUGUCCUUUCUACUGUGCAUCUGCCGUAACUAUGGAUCCUAAUUAGUUUGCAUCUUUUGUGUACAAGGUGCCUUCCAUUGUACAUUAUAGAGAAAUUGCAGCCACAUUUGUUGUCAAGGACCAAUGGUUUGUGACCAUAUUAAAAAGCCUCUGCAGAGUUCACCUUUAAGUCACUGGCUGUAAAAUGCGAGUAUGAACAAAGUUUAAUGAAUACAGCUUUUUGUU